AUGGCAAUGAAUACUCACUCAAACUGUGAACAUAAAGCAAAUAUUUCUCUUCUUAAUUAUAAUUGUGAAACAAAUUUCAAUGAGCAAAUGCCACAGGGAAUUUCAGAUCGUGCUGUAAACCCAGAAAAUAAACGAUCGGGCCAGAAAUAUGAUAGUGGUGGUGAUGGUGGAGGAAUACGAAAGUGGAAAGUAGUUGCCAGUUUCACCACAGUACAUAUCACUGGUCAAGUGUCUGUAUCACUAACAAUCAUACAGAUAAGGGUGCAAUUACUCAUGAUUCAGAAACAAGGAAUUUCAUCCUAUGGAGACAAAUCUCUACAAAUGUUCAUCCCGCCUUUCUUGAUAAAACAAUGA